AUGCAGUGCUCUCUGUGCAAUCUGCGUACCCACCAGUGGUGUUUCCUCCUCUUCAACGUGCUACUCUUCCACGCUCUGUUGUUUGGGGCAGACUUUGUCGAGGAGUACCUCCUGCAGCCAACUCCUGGGGUCUACACCGAUGCCAUGGUUGUUGAUGUAAGAGAGAAAGCAAGGAAAUUAGAUCUGAGCAAUGCCAGGGAGAACGUGUCCCAGGCCUACCCCAUUCCUAACCCUGAUGCCUGCAGAAACUCUGACCUCUUCCUCCUCACUAUAGUCUUCAGCUCCCCAGCUGAUAUCAACCAAAGAAACGCAGUCAGGAGGACAUGGGCAAAUCAAACACUCAUCCAAGGCUUCCCAGUACGGAUAUUAUUCUUCUUAGGAUCAACUCAGACUUCUGAUGCACAAAAUGCCCUCAUGACAGAGUCUGACCUCCAUGGGGACAUGGUCCAGGGUCAUGCGGUGACUGACUCAUUACUCCGUGGCCCAACAGAAAGGACAGUGCUGGCACUCCGCUGGGUAAUCACCUUCUGUCCCGUGGCACGCUUUGUUCUGCUGACCAAGGACUCUGUGUUUAUCAACCUCCCUGCCAUUGGAGCCUACCUACUUGGGCUGCACAGACACCCCGAGGACCUUUACCUAGGUAGGGUGAUCCAAAGAGAUUCCCCUGAUAGGAACCCCAACAGUCCUGGCUACCUCCCCCCAGCUCUGUACCCUGACAAGUACCUGCCUGAAUACUGUGACAGGACGGCUUAUGUUCUAUCCCAGGAUGUGGUCCGGAAAGUGUACGUAGCGUCUGCAGCAGUCCGUGCCCCGGUGCCAGCUGAUGUGUUUGUGGGACUUUGCGCUCAGAAGGGUGGUGUGGCACCAACACACAGUGCCAGGUUCGCAGGAGAGAAGCACGUCCGCUACAACGCCUGCUGUUACCAUUAUCUGUUCAGCUCAGCAGGAAUGGGAAGCAAUGAACUAGAGACAGUGUGGGCAGACCUGGAAAAGAAGGGGGGGAGAUGCUCACUGUUAAAGACCUACUAUGGGCUGGUGACCUGCAAGGCUCUCACAUAUCUGGAUAAACUGUCCUUCUUCAAACCCCAGAAUGAAGAUGAAUCACAAAGGGAAUUGAAAAGAGAGCAAGAAACUGACAGAAGGUGGGGCUGA